AUCGACGAUUCAGUGAUACUUCCAACGAAGCAAGGUAUAAAUAGUGAGGAUCAGAACUUGAAGUUGUUAUUAGGGUUUAUACAGUUCAAUCGGAGUGAAUAAAAAAUCAAUCGUGAAUGGCGGGGCUAUCUCUACAAUGUGGAGAUUGUGGAGUACUAUUGAAAUCCAUAGAAGAAGCUCAAGAACACUCUGAAUUAACAUCUCAUUCGAAUUUCGCUGAAUCUACUGAAGCCGUUCUUAAUCUAGUUUGUAGUACUUGUCGAAAACCAUGUAGAUCUAAAACGGAAAGUGAUUUGCAUACUAAGCGAACUGGACAUACGGAUUUUGUUGAUAAGACUUUAGAAACUGCAAAUCCUAUCUCUUUAGAGCUGCCAAAACCUUCUGUUGAUUCUGAUGGAGUUGCUGGAGCAUCUAUUAGUAAUAUGGAGACUGAAGAGAUGGUUGCUCCAGAGGUGGACAAGAAUUUGCUUGGGGAACUUGAGGCAAUGGGAUUUCCUAUUAACCGAGGAACACGGGCACUUCAUUAUACUGGUAAUGCUAGCCUGGAGGCUGCUGUAAAUUGGAUUGUGGAACAUGAGAAUGACACAGAUAUUGAUGAAAUUCCCAUGGUACCUGUGAACAGCAAACCCGAGUCUCGCAAGCCAUCUCUUACUCCAGAGGAAAUGAAAAUCAAAGCACAAGAACUAAGAGAACGAGCCCGCAAGAAAAAAGAAGAGGAAGAGAAGAGAAUGGAACGAGAAAAGGAGAAGGAAAGAAUUCGAGCAGGUAAGGAACUCCUUGAAGCAAAGAGAAUCGAGGAAGAUAACGAAAGAAAACGUAUAAUUGCAUUGCGAAAAGCAGAGAAGGAAGAAGAGAAAAGAGCUAGGGAAAAAAUUCGUCAGAAAGUGGAGGAAGAUAAGGCAGAAAGAAGGCGUAAGCUCGGAUUGCCCCCAGAAGACCCUACAGUCUCAAGGCCAGCAGCAGUUCCUGUGGUGGAGGAAAAGAAGACUUUUCUUCCUAUCAAGCCUGUUACAAAGGUAGAGAAAAUGAGGGAGUGGUUGCGAGCUCUGAAGCAAAAUCACAAGGAUGACGAUGCGAAAGUUAAGAGAGCAUUCCAAACUCUCCUUACCUAUGUGGGGAAUGUUGCAAAAAAUCCAGAUGAGGAGAAAUUCAGAAAAAUUCGACUCACUAAUCAAUCUUUCCAGGAUAGGGUAGGUAGCAUGAAAGGAGGAGUUGAAUUUCUCGAGGUGUUGGGAUUUGAGAAGAUUGAAGGGGGAGAGUUUAUGUUUCUUUCCAGGGACAAGGUGGACAUGGUAGUGUUGAACUCAGCUGGAUCGGAGCUCAAUUCAGCCAUCAUUAAUCCUUUCUUUGGUGUUCUCUAAGUUAAAGGGAGGGGUAUCAACUAGCCGGGUGGAAUCAAGGACUUCGGAACUUAUUUGGUUUAUUUGAUUGACAAACUUAGAUUUUACUAAUCAAAAUUGGAAUUUAUACAGAUCCAUCUACACAAUUUCGCUCAGUUAUUUACCAAGUACUUGUUCAAAGAUUUGGCCCACAUCAAACGCUUAUUGAGGUGUCUCCUCGGAACGCUAAAAAACCAGUGUUUGUCUUGUCAAAUAAAAUUAGCACUGAUACUGUUUUGGGUGUUGCUCCAAAUACUCUUUUUGUUCUCCUUCCAUGACACUGACGUGAGGGAAACCUCUGCGUAUAUAUCUAUCUACACCUGUCCUUCAACUGUUGCUACU